CGUGUGCACCUGCGGCUUUUGACCGGCCGGGAGCCGGAACCGGUUAGGGUCCUGCUGCUGGCGUUUGCCUCCUUACCUUCACUCCACUCACCUUACGCGGCACUCGCAGCGGGGACAUGAGUGUUCCUGUGCCACCGCCCCCGGACGGGGUCCUGACCGGGACCUCCGACAGCCUGGAGGCCGGCGAGCCCACGCUGGGUUUGAGGGAUGCUUCUCCAGAUGAAGGACUCGUGGAGGAAUUCACUGCGGAGGACAAAGCUGUGGAGCAACUGGUGGGAGGCCUGCUGUCCCACUACUUACCAGACCUGCAAAGGUCGAAGCAAGCCCUGCAGGAGCUCACACAGAACCAAGUCGUGUUACUAGAUACACUGGAACAAGAGAUUUCAAAAUUUAAAGAAUGCCACUCCAUGCUGGACAUCAAUGCUUUAUUCACGGAAGCGAAGCACUAUCAUGCCAAGCUGGUGAAUAUAAGGAAAGAGAUGCUACUGCUUCAUGAGAAAACAUCCAAGUUAAAAAAGCGAGCACUUAAGCUCCAGCAGAAGAGACAGAGAGAAGAGCUGGAAAGGGAACAGCAGAGGGAAAAGGAAUUUGAAAGAGAAAGGCAGCUGACAGCCAAGCCAGCCAAAAGGACUUGAGAGCCGAGCUGUGGGUGUUUGCUGCCCUGCCAUGCUCCCUGGGUCCCUAGUGCUGUUCACAGAGAGGGUGCAGAUGGUGCCUUAUGCCAUGGCAUGUUUGACAUCCUUCCCAGGGUUUGUCGUGUCUCCGUGACUUCAUUUCACUUCAUUCAUGAAGCCUGGUUUUUGAUAUUUUCAACUUCUGCUUAAUUUUAAAAUUUAUGAUUUUUAUCAUUUGUAAACUGGAAAGCACUUCUGUUAUUACAAGAGUUUGGACACUAGUUCAAAAUGAGUGCUUGAGCUUCUUGAGAAUUGAUCCUAACAUUUCUGUCUGUCUCACGAUUACAGGCCUGUCUUGCACUGCAACAUUGAGUUUUGACAAUUGCUUUUCAUUGCUUAAAGAGAAAUUCCAAUUGUCUGAUCACAAAUCUGGGAAGGAAGCCGCCAAGCCUUUGUGAGGAACACAGGAAGUGUGUUUAUACUGGAAAUAUCAGCAUCUUAGAUGUGGGUGAGGGGAGGGAAUGCCAGACAGAUUCUUCCAGCCAUUCUCUGAUUUUCAGUGUUGGUGCUUUUGUAGAUUUUGGGUUCUAAGUAGGAAUCCAUCCAUUCCUAAAGCUGUGCAGCGAUGGUGGACCCACCAGAUGCUCUGCACACACUUAUGCUGGGACAGUGUGUCUGUUCUUUUUCUUUUUUUCUCAGAUGAGUUCUCUACAAAGUCCUAGCUGUCUUGGAACUCAUUAUUUAGACCAGACUGGCCUCAGACUCAUAGAGAUCUACCUGCCUCUUAUUUCUGAGUGCUGGGAUUAAAGGCAUGUGCCACCAUGUCUGGCUCAGGGUUUUUAGAAGUAGAACAAAAUCUGAUGUUGCUUGUGUCAUGUGUAAUUACAGGGUUGGUGGAAUGUCAGUAAAUUAAUAUACAGAAGAGGCAGCACAAUACCUUUAGUUAUAUUCCUGAUGUUAUAUGUGGGAAUGUACUCCGUAGGGCAAAUGAAGUUUCAUUGUUAGCAAUCAAGACUAUUAGUAUGUGUUCCCAUGUUAGUGUUUCAUAUGCAGCUGGGUUCUAACCCUACUAUGUGUGAGUGGUCCAGAACUACAAAGGUGUCUGAGUAGAAUGUGCAUCUUUCAUGUUCCAUGUUCUACCUUUAGUAAGCUGGAGUCACUACUGCUGGUCACAUACUGGGUGAAUGAUAAAGAGGCCAUAAAGAUGACUGAUGUACGAACUCCUCAGUUUAAAGGCUCAACUACUUUGAAAGAGCCUUUUCCUUCUUUAAUGAAUGAAUCGUGGUCCCACAAGUCACUGCUCUGACCUUCUUUUAAGAAUACAAAUGCGUCUAUUUGAAAGGCUAUUAUUAUCUUUCGUCACUUUCUGUCACUCCCAGAGCAGAAGUCACUAGGACUUUCAGGACAAUGUCAUUAAAUUACGGAAUAUACUGUUUUAAUAAAAUAUCUGACAUCUGA